CAGAGGGAUAGUGAGAGAGGACAAGAGAGAGGGGGGGUAGGAGCGGGGAGAGAAGGACUUUUGUUAAGACUACUACAGUACCAGACCAACGAGCUUGAAUGCCAUGGGUGCGCCUGAACGACAGUUGGUGGGCUGAUAUAAACUGGAACACUACGAAGCUGAACAGAUCCUCUCCCAAGGUUUGAAUUUGAAGGCCACAGUAGUGAAGCAUGAUGCAGAGGGAGGAUGAGUCUGCACGGGAGGAGUUUAGCUACACUCAUAUCCCCACCCUGGAGCGAGCAAGUGUAGGUGGCACACUGAGUCGACGGCUGGACCGAGAGAGGGACAGAGUGGAAAGGGACAGCUACAUAGUGGACGUGAGAGCCAGUGAUUUGGAGCUGGACCAUGCUGAGCCGUUACACCCCUGUUUCAGCUACAGAGCCUGGCUCUACAGCAUCCUCAUAGGGUGUAGUCUCCUGAUCACAGCGGGUUUCUCUCUCUACCUGGGUAAUGUGUUUCCUGAUGCGAUGGACUACUUGCGCUGUGCAGCUGGAGCUAGUAUCCCAGCUGCAGUGGUGAGCUUUGCCAUCGCCACAAACUGGCGAGUUGCAGUGUCUGAUUUUCAACUGGUGUAUGUGUCCACAUUUGCUGUGACAACCACAUGCCUGGUAUGGUUCGGCUGCAAGCUGGUUCUUAGCCCAUCAGCCAUCAAUAUCAACUUUAACCUGAUCCUGCUUACUCUACUGGAAGCCCUCAUGGCCAGCACUGUCAUCCUGUCAGCUCGCUCUGUAGAGGACUGCUGCAGCCACAGCAAGCAAGUAUAUGAUGGUCCUGUGGCUGUGACUCCGUCUAAAUUCCCUUCACGUCUUCUCAAGGCUUAUGCUGUGAUUGAGGUGAUAGUUGGGAUCUCUGCAGUAUUCGGUGGUAUUAUUGCUCUCAACAUGGAUGCUCUGCUCCCAGGGCCCUACGUCUCUGUCACAUUCUUCUGGAUUCUAGUGGCCUGUUUUCCGAGUGCCAUAGCCAGUCAUGUGGUGUCAGAAUACCCCAGCAAGUGCCUGGUGGAGACAUUGAUUGCCAUCAGCAGUGUCACGUCACCACUGCUGUUCUCUGCCUCUGGCUUUUUGUCUAACAGUGUAUUGAGUUUUAUUGAGAUCUUCCAGCAUGAGGUUCCCACAGCCAAACAAUCAUACGACAUCCUCCUGUUGAUUCUGAUGUUGCUGCUGCUGGUUCAGGCAGGCCUGACACUGGCCACUGUGGUACACUGCGCCUCUUAUAAGGGUCAGCUGCGUAUAGGAGCACCAGAAUGGGAUGACAGUCCACAUCUGGAGCCACACCAGUGCGAGCAACAGGGAUCCAAUGGCACACUGCGAGAUUUUGACAAAGAGAAGGCCUGGAAGGCAGUGGUAGUGCAAAUGGCCCAGUGAGCACGUGCACAGGGAGUAAAGAGAACAAACGGGAAUGAGAAAAAAUGUGAGUGGAGGAGGACACAAGAAGGUGAGAGUAAAGAUAGGAAAAGUGAAAAUAGAGAGUACACAAAUAUGGAAAAUUAGAGGAGGACAUAACAAACGCGAUCAGAAGGAGGAGUAGGUCAGUGACGGUUCAUGAAUUUGUCAGUGUGUCCUUGUCAGAAGAGUUAAUGCCAUAUAUCCCAGAGAUUCUCAGUGUUAAAAAUACAAAUGUAUAGAGCAUUUGAAUACUGGCCAUGACCAUAUAUCUAUUCUUAACAGUCACAGAAAAUGAAUCAUCAUCCUGACUGUUCAGAAUUCUCAGAAAAGGAAAAUCAGCAGAGAUUGUUGGGGCUUUAACGCCUUCUGCAAAGAAAUAAAACUCACGACUCAUGCGUUGUCCAUAUGUACAGUAAAGCUGGAUUCAUAUUAAAAUGUGAGUAAAUUUAUUCCUGUCAAGGAAUCCACUUAGACUGUAGAUUCCAGCCAUCACUAUACUGCAUGCAUACUUUCAGGAAGCUAAUGACUAUAUUUAUGUAACCUGUCUAUGAAUCUGAGCCACAUCUAUGCAAGUCAAGCAUUUUCUACUAGGGUUUUCCACUAUACAAUACACUUAAUGCACCAAGUUUAUUUUUUUAGUAAAAUAAAAAUAGUAUGUCUAUGCUUGUGUCAAAUUUGCUAAUUGAACAGUUUACAGUUAAACAUUUUAUUUGCUUAACAUACACUGACAUUCUUCAUGACAGCGUAUUUAAUGAUUUCCUGUAUUUUAUGUGACCUGUAGGCAGUGACAGAGUAAUGGUGUCCUCUCUAUGACGUACAAUCUACAUCAACAGACAAGAAAAAAAUAUUGGGCAAUUCCACCCACCUAAUUGGGUUAUUUCUAAUCACAUUAGGCAGGGAAAAUGGCUUUGGGCCACUUCGAUAUAAUUUAGUUACAGUUUGGACUAAUUUAUAAAGAAUGGCCUGGGUCUAACACAUGGUUGGGCUGGAAAAAGUGACAAUCCAAGUGUCUGGUAGUGUCUAUGUUUUAUAGAAUUAAGUCAGUCGCACUAAUACUAAUGACUAAUAUUUUAAUAUGUCAAGUUCUGUAUAAUUUUCUAAAUCAGAGAGAAAUGUAAUAAUAUGUAAUAAAGUAAUUGAUUACUUUAUGCGAUUUAACCCAUGUAAAUGGAAACUCUGUUUAAUUAAAGGUGACAGUCUGCA